CUGUCAAGCACACCACAAGCAGUGGUGUUUCAAGCACAGAGUAUUCAAGUUUCUGGACUCAAAACAUCCAAAUGUCGAUCCGUUUUUUGACUGUAAUUUCCUCAUCGGACUGUGACAUUGUUAAAUGACGUGUGGCUAUUACGAAUAGCCCCGACAAAGUGAGGCGUCAUGUUUAAAGCUUUAAGCGCUCUCAGGUUGUUUCAUUUAAAUUCACUGAAAUUGACAGAUCGACGCAGCUAUUUCUCAACUGAAUGUCUGGAUGAUGAAUCUAUUACGAAGUUCAUUUCAGAAAACACAGAGAUUGUUGUAGAUCAUAACCUGACACCAGAGAUCAAACUCAGACUUUUCACCCCAAAUUGUAGGUUUUGGUUUGAAAGACCAGAAUUUUGGCCUUUUGAGGACCCUUACUGGGCCAUAUACUGGCCAGGAGGGCAAGCACUGUCAAGGUAUCUCCUGGAUAAUCCUGGAGUAACUUUGGGAAAAUCCGUCUUGGAUCUGGGGUGUGGCUGUGGAGCUUCCGCCAUCGCUGCAAAACUGUGUGGUGCCAAUAUAGUAGUCGCUAAUGACAUUGACCCUGUUGCCACCCUUGCAACCUGCAUGAACUUCAAGCUCAACGGUCUGGAGUCCCCCGUUUGUGUGACAGAUGACAUGAUUGAUUCAGAUCCUGGCAACUUUGACCUGAUCCUUCUUGGCGACAUGUUCUACGAUGAGGCUCUCUCCUAUAACCUUCACACUUGGCUGAAACACUGCAUCAAAACUCACAAAAGCCAAGUUCUAAUUGGAGAUCCUGGCAGAGGCCAGUUUGAAGAGCUUGCCUUUCAGUCGCGCCUGAAGAAGUUGGCUCAAUUUGAGCUGCCCAAGCCCGUACGAGAGGAGAACUAUGGCCUCAACUGCAGCAGUGUUUGGUGCUACGAUUUGGAACUAACCUUAAAAUAAAGUUGUAUUAAAAGGUG